AUGGCUCCACAAUACAUUAGUGAAGAGUACGAAUCGAUGAUUGAUGCGGUCUUGACGUACUGCGAUGAAGAAGUAUCUCUAAACUCCCUGAGAGCUCAACUAAACGAAGUGUUUAGCCUCAACAUCAAGUCAUUUGACCUGAACCUUCGAACUUUGGUAGACAAGAAAUUGGAAGCCUUCAAGAAUGUAACAGAGAAGCCCAAGGUGAAGGACAUCAGUACCGAUAAAGUUAUGACAGAGAAUCGAAGGUAUAUAAAUGUGAUAAAACAGACUCUGAAGGAAGCAGAGUUAAAGAAAGAAGGCAUAACAGUCACGAAAGUACAGAAGCCCAAGCUGAAACUAAAAGUUACCAACAGUAAAAAGAGUAUGAUUCACAUCAAGAUGACAGUGACGCCAGAGCUCCAAGCUGUAAUCGGAACACAUUAUCAAUCGAGAACAGAGAUAGUUCGAAAUUUAUGGAAAUAUAUUAAAGAACAUAACUUACAAAAUCCGGAUGACAAGAGGCAAAUCAUAUCAGAUGCAAUGUUGGAACCUGUGCUGGGCAAAACGUCGGAUAUAUUCAUGAUGCACCGGGCUCUCAAACACCACAUAUUGGGACCAGCACCGAUAGAGGCAGAAGUAAUACGCACUGACCAAGAAAGUACUCCAUCUCUAGCUUCAGAGUCCAGUGAGCAAGAACAUGCAGAUAGCACUGAUACCAGCGACUCAGUUUACUACUCUACAUGA